AUGAAGUCAAGUACUAUCUGGGGUUUGUCACUCGGAAUCGGUAUACCAGGUGCGCUCAUUCUAAUUGGCUUACUUGGUUUAUUGAUAAAGUUUUUUAUGAAACGUUGCCGAACCAAAGCAUGGAAUGAUAUUAGUUCUCCUCCGAAACAAACUGAGUCAGUUGACAAUCCAUCCUAUUCACGUAAAGCUCCCAAACGCAGUGCGUCUGACCGCCAACCAUUGUAUCAGUCGGGCGAACAUACUUCCAUCGAGGUAUCGGAAGGACACAUAUCCAUUCCAGUGAGUGAAGCGCCGACUCCAACUUCAACUCCAGCUCCAGUUGCUCAACAAGAUCAGACAUUAGUCCAAAUUCAACGUGAUCGAUUGAAUCGUCUUAAAGAAGAAGAAAAUCGUAUUCGACCAAUGUUGCAAUUGAAUCGCGGUGAAUUUGAUAUUCAACAAGCGAUCGAUCAAGCUCAAAAGGAGUUCGAUGAAUCGUCGAGUCACUGUCAACGGCAUUCAUUGAAGGAGGAACAUAACCAGAUAAUCAUGAUAUUAUCAAUAAACAUUCAGUUUUUUCUAUUAUUUAUUAUCUCAAUUCAUUCUCAACAAAUGCAAUGGAUUCUACUUAGUGACGGACAAGUCGGAGGAAAUGUGCCGAGUCCAAGACGUGAUGCAGCACUUGGCUUUGAUUCUUCAUUUCUUAUUCUAUACGGUGGAAGGGACCAAUCAGGAAUGCCCGCUCAAGAGAUAUUCACUUUCAAUAUUCUACAAGGAUAUUGGGAUCUAUUGUCUUUUCCAAAUGCUCCACCUGCUCGCUAUGGUAUGGCAUACGCAAGUUCACCAGGUAGUGGUUUAUACAUAUUUGGUGGCUUCGGGAGACAAGGUUCAUCAGCAAACUAUAAUCCUUACACGGCAUACGGCUCUGGUGGACUUCCAGGUUAUAAGAAAAGUUCAGCAGUGAAAACAAAACGAAGCGCCAAUGUGAUGCCUAAACAAGGCUAUAACGCAAUGAAUAUGGGAUACGGAAACUAUCGAUACAAUGACGAUAAUAUCGAUGAAAACUAUUAUCCGUUAGCAGAUGCUUGGUUUCUUAGUUAUAUGACAAAAAGCUGGCAAGAAACACAACGAUCUCAAUACGGACGUGGUUUCGGUUCGGCUGCAGCUUCGCCCUAUUCGAGUAACAUUCCACGAGUUAUUUACAGUAUGGGUAAAUCACGUGAUUGGAUGUAUUCGACCGUUGAAACAACUGGUCAAGCCACAUCGGGUUAUAAUCAGUAUGCUGGUGGACAAGCAGCAACAAUUAUGUAUGAUCAAUCAUCGUAUAGUCCCGCUUAUCCGCAUGCACGUUAUGGACAUUCAACAGCAUUACUCACAGACAAUCAUCUUUUACUUUAUGGUGGCUGUUUAAGUGGUUAUGGUAAAGGUGGUCCAUGUCCAUCGACCGAUACCUGGCUCUUACAUCUUGACCGUGGACAUUGGGAACGUCUUUGGGAAUGUCCAACAACGAAAACCGGUGCUGCUAUGGUUACACUUCCGUCGUACAGUAUGUGCGCAUCGAUGGCUCGUCAAGGAACAGUAUUUGGUGCUGGCGCUGGUUUGAAUAUGGGCAAUGAACAGCCAGUUGCAGUUCUUUGGGGCGGCCGAGAAUUUAAUCCUUCAUCUAUUCGAUCUUAUUUAAGUCCAUUAGAUGAAGUUGCAGUCUUCAAUUUAAAUCGAAAGGAGUGGCUAUUGAAGAAAGCAAGUCCUUCAGAAAAUGGUUAUCCAAGACAACGUGAAGGUGCUGCUUAUGUAGCAGGUUGCUUUCAGAAUGCGCCCGGCAUGUUCGUUUUUGGUGGAAGAAGUGUCUCUGAUGGUCAACUUCUUUCUGAUCUUUGGUUUCUACAAGCAGCACCACAAGCUGCUCUGAGUGCACCUCGAUCACGUGGAUGCAUAUAUCCAUUCUCAUACUACCAUCUUCAUGGAAUAUUUCAAUUUUUUACCUACGGUCUCAUCUUUCCCAUUGGUUACUUUGUCGGUCGACAUACGAAAACUCUAUCAAUUCGACGACCACUACAUAUGGGCUUACAACUAUUUGGUGUUGCAUGUGCCAUCUGUGGUUUUGCUUUUGGUGUUCAUUCAGUUCGAACACCAUCAUGGCUUCACUUCAGACAUCCGCAUGCUAUUAUUGGUAUAAUUACUUUCAUCUUAACCAUUAUACAAUUUUUCGUUGGAUUAAUUGGUGCAUUUUUUAUUGGACGACAUUCUGUGAAAAGUGAACGCCUUACUGAAUCAGGUCAUAAAGUUACAUCUGGAACAUUUGCUUAUGAUAAAUGGGGUGGUGAAGGUUUAUGGCGUAUCGCACAUCGCAUUAUUGGAUCACUUGUUUUGGCACUUGGCUUAGUCAAUAUAUCAUUGGGUGUUUUUCUCGCUGUAUUACCGUUAGCUGUCUGGAUUAUCUGGUAUAUUUGGUUGGGUUUUCUUGUACUUUUACUUGUUGGUUUCGAAAUCAUCUCUCUCGUAUCUGGAAGUGGCGCAAACAAAGGAGGCUCACUUAAGUUACAAGCAGGACGUGAGGAUCCAAGGGGUACAUCACAAUCAUCUUUGAAAUAUUCGGAUGAACCAAAUACACAACAUCACAUAGCAGUACCAGCUCCACGUCGUGGUACGAGUCGUAUUCCAUUGAACGAUUCAUCCGCACGUGAUAAUAGUUUGAAUCGUCGUCCUGUCGGAAGUUAUAGUGGUGAUGAUAUGGCUCCACUGAUAACCCAUCAAAGACAAACGAGACCGGGUGAUGUAAGUUCAUCGGCUGGUCUUCCAGAUUAUCAUCGACCGAAUGAACGCGAAUAUACAAUAGCAACAAGAAAAAAGAGUGGACCUUCCGAAAGUGGAGGUUUCGAUUAUUAUGUUGGUUAUGGACCUGAACAUGAACAACCUUUGCCACGAUCGACCAUACAGCAGCAAAACGAGCACAAUCUCACUCGAGUUAGGCUCCAAUAA